GUCCGUCAGUUGGUGAAUGAAUGGAGAGUUGGUGGGGUUUUGCGUGAGGUGGAUUGAUCACUUUAACCGCCCUUUUAAAGUUAGUUUUUUUCACGUUUGAGCCUGGAUUUGUCCCAAACCGGGAACCGAUAAAGGUUUUUGCAGAAGCACAGCUGCGGUGACGACGAUGGCUGAGUUUGUCCAGCGCCUGAGCGCUUGUUUCCCGGCCUGUCAGUCGAGCCAGAGUGACCGGGCGCAGCGCAGAAGGAGCCGGGAAAUCGACGCCUUGCUGGCCCGGGAGAGGCGCUACGUGCGGCGGCUGGUGAAGAUCCUGCUGUUGGGCGCCGGCGAGAGCGGUAAAAGCACUUUCCUCAAACAGAUGAGGAUCAUUCACGGCAAGGACUUCGACAGCAAGGCGCUGGAGGAGUUCAGGGACACCAUCUUCGAGAAUGUUAUUAAGGGUAUGAAGGUCUUAGUGGAUGCAAGGAACAAGCUGGGCAUUCCUUGGGAAAAUACUGAAAAUGAGAAGCAUGGAAUGUUUGUAAUGGCAUUUGAAAACAAAUGUGGAAUGCCAGUAGAACCAGCCACAUUUCAAUUGUAUGUGCCAGCACUGAGAGCCCUCUGGCAAGAUUCGGGAAUCCAGGAGGCAUACAACAGAAGACGAGAGUUUCAACUGGGUGAAUCUGUGAAAUAUUUUCUGGAUAACCUUGACCAAAUUGGACAACUGAAUAUACCUCCCAGCAGACAUGACGUCCUCCUUGCAAGAAAGGCCACCAAAGGAAUUGUGGAGCACGACUUUGUCAUAAAAGGCAUUCCUUUCAAAAUGGUAGAUGUAGGUGGUCAACGGUCUCAACGGCAGAAAUGGUUUCAGUGUUUUGAUGGCAUUACGUCCAUUCUGUUUCAUGGUCUCUCCAGUGAAUAUGACCAGGUUCUUAUGGAAGACAGGCGGACAAACCGUCUGGUAGAAUCAAUGAACAUUUUUGAGACUAUUGUAAACAACAAAUUAUUUUCUUCUGUCUCUGUUAUUUUGUUCCUCAACAAAAUGGACUUGCUUGUAGGAAGGUUGAAAACGGUCAGUAUUAAGAAAUAUUUCCCAGACUUUGAAUGGGACCCUCACAAACUGGAGGAUGUACAAAAAUACCUGGUGCAGUGCUUCAAUAACAAGCGAAGAGAUCGCAGCAAGCCACUGUUUCACCACUUCACAACAGCCAUCGACACAGAAAACAUUCGGUUUGUGUUUCAUGCCGUGAAAGACACUAUUCUGCAGGAGAUGAAAGAUGUAAUGCUGCAGUGAAGAGCGAAGAAGUGAGAUCAUUGGAUUUUGCAUUGCUCCUUGGUAUUCCCUGUGCCACUAGCACUUUGAAUUCAGACUGGCCAGGAGUUUGGCCGUGGAUAUAGAGAUUGCAGUGAUAUUACAUGAAAGCUUAAUGGCAUCAUGGAAGUGCUUAUAAGUGUCCUUUUUCAGUUCUGUAUAAGUUCUCAGAAUUGUAGUGAGCAAUAGUUUCUAGA